AUGAAGUACUCCUUCGUUCUUUGUGCUCUUGUCACCUUCCUUGGUGCUGCCAACGCCGUUGCCGUUGCCAAUGCCGCCCCCGCCGCUGAGCCCGCUGUCGUCGACAUCGGUGAUAUGAAGCUACGUCUCCGAGGCAGCAGUCCUCCUCCCCCCUCGCCAUCCAAGCGCGAGUAUGAGACUGAGGAAGAGUAA